AUCUGAAAAGAUUCUACAGUGAAAAAACGGAGAAAGAAAAAGAAGAUAAAAGAUUCUAAUCAUCUGUUUGGAUGUGGCGAGUAAACCAUUUUAAGAGAUUCUCCGGCGACUAGCGAUGGUUGGGUGGGCGAUAGCGCUACACGGCGGAGCCGGAGAUAUUCCGAUUGACCUUCCGGACGAGCGGCGUAUCCCUCGCGAGAACGCUCUUCGUUACUGUCUCGAUCUCGGCGUUUCCGCCCUCAAAUCCGGCAAGCCUCCCUUGGACGUCGCCGAACUCGUCGUUCGUGAAUUAGAGAACCACCCAGACUUCAAUGCGGGUAAAGGAUCAGUGUUAACAACGCAAGGCACUGUUGAAAUGGAAGCUUCCAUUAUGGACGGGAAAACGAAAAGAUGUGGAGCGGUCUCAGGCUUGACCACUGUCCUCAAUCCCAUCUCCUUAGCUCGACUCGUCAUGGAAAAAACUCCUCACAUCUAUCUUGCCUUCGAUGCUGCAGAAGCUUUCGCUAGAGCUCACGGCAUUGAGACGGUCGAAUCGAGCCAUUUCAUAACUCCUCAAAACAUUGCAAGGCUAAAACAGGCCAAAGAGUUUAAUCGAGUCCAGUUGGAUUACACAAACCCCACCACGAAAGAAGCGGAAAAUUGUGGUGACAGUCAAAUAGGAACGGUCGGAUGUGUAGCCGUGGACAGCUCCGGAAAUCUGGCUUCAGCUACAUCAACGGGCGGUUAUGUCAACAAAAUGGUUGGCAGAAUCGGGGAUACACCGGUGAUUGGUGCAGGAACAUACGCUAACCACCUUUGUGCCGUCUCAGCCACGGGUAAAGGAGAAGAGAUUAUCCGUGGAACCGUGGCUAGAGACGUUGCUGCACUCAUGGAGUAUAAAGGCUUGUCUUUGACCGAGGCUGCAGCUUAUGCCGUUGACCAAUCCGGACCCAGAGGAACCUGUGGACUCGUUGCUGUCUCGGCCAAUGGUGAAGUCGCAAUGCCGUUUAACACCACCGGUAUGUUCAGGGCUUGUGCCAUGGAAGAUGGUUACACUGAGAUCGCAAUCUGGCCAAAGAACUGAAAUCACUUGACGGACCUUUGGAACUGAAUGUGAAAAUUAUUAGUGUUUUCUAGUUUAAUUUUCGAUUUUAAAGAAAAAUAAACAAAGUGAAUGUAAAUCUUAGUACUGUAUAUAUCGGUUUGAAACAUGUUUUUCACAGGUGCUUCCUUUAUUAAUUAUGCCUAUCAAAAAA